AUGCUAUCUAGAAACUGGGUAAUCUAUUUGUACUUUUUUAACAGAGUAAAAGAACUCAGUAUUAACAAUGGAGGAGUAAAUGAGGAGAGCCAAAAUAACGCAGACUUGAAAGAAUAUGAGGAGAUGGCAAGCCUUGAAGAAUCCAUGGAGGACGGAGAGGAUGAACUGCUGAAUGAUGAGGAACUUCCAUCUCUUUCGUGUAGUUUCCAAAAAACAAUGUGCCAAAUUGAAGACAUUAAAGAAAAAACUCUAGAAGAGCUUGGAGAAGCUGUACCGAAAACAAAGUGGUCUGAUCUGAUGGCAAUGAAGGACCAACUGGACUAUGACAUGGAGGGGUUUGUUAGCUAUGCGGAUAAACUCAUAGAAGAACAUUCAAAGUCUUUGUUAACACUAGGAGAGUGUGUGAAUUCUUUGCGGGUUGCCAUGGAGUUACAGAAGCAGAAUACUGCCAAGCAAAACAAACGAAAACAUCAAUAACAUUAACAAAAACUUAAGAUGCAGUUGCAGUAAAAAAAUAAAUAAAUAAACAUGUAUUUAUUCCUAAGGCAUUACUAAGCUGUUGACUUUUUCAGUGAUAUAGACAUUUAAACUUAUUUCUACACAAGUUUGUCUUGUUCUGUGUUCAUUGUUUGUAUUUUGUCAUUAUUUUUAAUGUGUCUUUCCUUUAUCAGUUUUAGUUGCAUGGUUGCUACCAGAAGUACUAUUUAAAAUAUGGAGGUUUAUUUUCCUGUGUAAAGAAGAAAUGCUGUUUAAACUUUGGGCCAUCAUAUAUUUUGCAUCAAAUUGCAACCUUUUCCUAAUUGCUCUUUGAACCAUUUUAACCAGUUUUAUCAUUGCAUUCCUGGAACAGUGCAAUAAAGUUAAUUCUUUCUC